AUGAAAUUGAUUUAUCUCACUCUUUAUCUUAUUUUUCAAAAUGCAGAAACAAUGAAUUCUGUAGCAAAAUACAAUAUCACAUAAUUGGAUCAAUUAAAAUAGAAAUCAGUUAUUAGAGGUGAAUACAAAGAUGUUGCUCAAGAGUCAGCAGGAGCUAUUAUUUCUAAUGCCAGAAGUGUUGGAUUUAUUGGAGGCUUACAAAAUAGUAGCCCAUUAAGAAAUUCAAUUUAUUAUAUGAUAUCUGGAGGUUAUUGCUAUGUUGGAUUAUCUUAAUUCAUUAUAAUAGACUUACUCUAGACUUACGAGAUCAAUACGAUAAAAAUUUGGUUAUAUGAUAGAGACCCUACAUUUAUAAGAACUUAUGAUAUAUAGAUAUUUGCAUCAGGAUUAGGAAUAACUGAUUAAUUGAUUUAUGAGAGUAACAACUCCAAGAGUGUUACAAUCAUAAAGUUUUCAGAUACAUUGAUAAAAUAAAUAAAGAUUAAGAAUAGAAAUGGAAGUUCAUUAGAUUAGUGGUUAAUCAUUUUAAAAAUAUAAGCAUUUUAUGCUUUUUGA